AUGUCCAACACUCUUCGCUAUCCUCCGACGCCUAUCGUCAUUCCUCGACAAUCUCCGCCAUUGGUCAUUGCCCGACAGGUUCCGUCAUUGUCCAACAAUCUCCGCCAUUCCCCGUCGCCUAUCGUCAUUCCUCGACAAUCUCCGCCAUUCCCCGUCAUCUUUCGCCACUGCUCGACAAUAUCCGCCGUUCCCCAUUCAAGGUCCGUUCUUUCCGCCACGCGUCAACCCUCCUCCUCCCUGUCAGAUAAGGGUCAGUCUCCCCUAGACGGAUUCCUGUCAGUCCGCCAUUCUCCGUCAUCAGCUUCGGCUCUCUCCGUUACCCCGUUACUCUUCGUCAUUUUCCGUCAUUCCCCGAUUGGUCUCAGCCCUCUUCGUCUCCUUCCGUCACUUUCCUCUUGGCCAACCUCCGACGAUUUCCGUCCCGUCUCGUCACUUUCCGUCAGUCCUCGCCACUUGCCGUCCGUUUCCGCCACCCUCGGGCUGGGCGCGGCUCUUCUCCGUCAGGAGGAAAAGUGUGCUUUCGUGAUGCCACGGGCAGGCGUAUUUUCCCACCGUUUCCCGCUCUCCGGGGCCAGCGACGGGUCUGAGCCUCUGAGGCCGCGGGCGGAGGCGCCUCCCGCCAGACCCACGUCCCCUCAGUGCGGAUCCGCGAGUGGGAUUCCAGCAACGCCGCAGUCGCCCCCUGGAGCGGGGGGAUUCCAGCAACGCCGCAGUCGCCCCCUGGAGCGGGGGGAUUCCAGCAACGCCGCAGUCGCCUCCUAGAGCAGGGGUGCGACGCCCGCGGAUAUUUCCGGGGAAAGCAGUACACCUUGUCCUCAGCGCAGGUCCCAGCCGGGAGUUUCUAGGGUGGAACAGAUAUUUUUCUCAUUCUCCUGAGGUCCCGGGGACCCCGCUCAGGACCGCCCCAGGGCACCGCCGGCCUGGACCGGGAUCCCUGCUGUUGCUGGUAGUUGUCAGCAGCCCGGAGAGGUUUCCAGUCCCCUCUCCCGUCCCGCAAUUUGCAGCAAGCUCUGAGACAUCCUUCUAGUCCUGUAUUAGAAGAUUGCAUUGAGGUAGAGGCUAAACAGGCCCAAGUAAAAAAGGAGGAAAUGUGGGACAUAAUAGGAUGGAAUGGCAAAACUGAUUAUAGAAUGAAAUAAAACCGUACCAAUAAUUAAGAGUAAAAGGAAUAUUAUAUUUCUUCUACAAAAGUCAUAGCUUAAGUAGUAGAAAUGUUUUCAGUAAACUUUUGUAAAUAUUCAAGAUUAAGUCUGAGUCUCUAAUAAUGCUGUGAAUACCCUCCUUUGUUUUUGACUCACCUGUGGUUCCCCACCUCUAGUUCAUCAACCCUAACUGAAAUGUAAAAAUCCAAUAUGAUUUAAUUGAAUGUAUCCUAAAUUAAAAGUUCUGUAAAUACUCUGUAACUUACACAGGAAGGAGCUCUCUGAUCUCACAUCCAGCUAUGUCGGGAGGAGGCGGGAGUUCCCAAGCUCCUAAUGUAUCAAUUUAUUUUUACAUUGUAAACCUGUUCCUUUAAUCCUAUAUUCUCGUUUAGUAACAGUGUGUUGUAGUUGAAUUCUUGUCUUGAGUGCUCUUUACUUUUAAACUAUUGUCUGUCCCUAUACCCUUAUUUGAGUGGGAGGUUGCUUUACUGAGGCCCAAACCAACUGA